AAGAUUAUACAGGUUCAUCAAACUCUAUAUAAACGAAGGCUUCUCCUCUGAAACGUUGAAAGAAAGUGAAACUGAUCCAAUAUAGAAAAACAAAAAGUUUGAUUAUUGAGAGUGAAAAUGCAGGCAGCAAAGAAAGCAGUUGAGACCGUUAAGGAAACCGCCGCCAACAUUGGUGCUUCUGCUAAGUCUGGCUUAGAGAAGACCAAAGCCACCGUCCAGGAAAAGGGUGAGAUUACGAGUGCACGUGAUCCCAUGCAGAAGGAAAUGGCGACAGAGAAGAAAGAAGAGAGGAUCAACCAAGCAGAAAUGGAGAAACAGGAAGCACGUGAGUAUAAUGCUGCGGUCAAAAUGUCUCACGUGACUGGGCCCACCGCUGAGACUGCUUCUGGAUACUCCAUCAUUGAUGACUAUGGAACCGGACAACCAAUGGCUACUGAUAACGUGUCAACAAUUCCUGGAAUCGGGCUUGCACGUGGAGCAGAUGUGAUGGGCUCAAACCCGAUUGAGAGCAACACGGGUAUGGAUAUGGGUACUACUACAGAGGCACAUGUUUUCCACGUGGAUGGAACUGUCCCAGAGAGUGGGGCUCCUAAUCAUUAGUUAUGUGUAUUUGUGUGUAGUAAUUAAGGUUAUGGGUUUGUGACUUACCAUGUUGUUUUGUUUGUUUAGUCAAUGUUUAGUUUUGUAUCCUAGUGGUGCUACUAGUUUCAUAGGUUGUUUGUUUGUCUCUGUUUUAGAUAUGGGACCAUGAGUUGUACAACAGGGUACAUCUUGUACCGCAAAGUUGUUAUGUUUGUUUGUUUCAUUAAAUAAAUCAAAGUGUGUGCGUGA